CUCCAGGUGUUCUUUCGCGGAACACCAAAGGCGUGCGUGCAACCAUCCCAUCCAUCCUUUCGUCGUACCCCACGUCGCUCUCUCCCUUACCUCGCUUCAAGUCUUCACCACUCCUUCUUUGCUGUUUGGGGUUGAUUUUAUUCCGCGCAUCUUCUCUGUCCCAAGAAGCUCGGGUUCGCAAGUCGAAGCUAUCUAUCAAGCGGGGCCUGCAAGUACCCUUAAUUCGCGCGCGAAACGGCGACGGCGAAGCGCACCUCGGGAAACGAUGAACGGGUUCGAAGAGCGUGGGUUGGAUGAGGAUGCGUUUGGGGCUUCUUCUGGGAAGACGGGGAUUGCGAGUUUCGAUGCGUUCCCAAAAACUAAGAAGACUUACCUCACCCGCGGUCGCGACUCCUCGGGCUGGACGACCCUCCUCAUCUUGACAUGUAUCUACCUCUCGUGGUCCGAGACCAGUCGCUGGUUCGCCGGGACCACGACGCAGACUUUCUCCGUUGAGAAGGGCAUAUCGCACGACAUGCAGAUCAAUGUAGAUAUUGUAGUGCGGAUGUACUGCAAGGACCUACACGUCAACAUGCAAGAUGCUGCGGGAGAUCGAACUAUUGCUGGAGACCUCUUGCGCAAGGCUCCUACGCAGUGGGAGCAGUGGAACGACAAAAAGGUGCAUUCGCUGUCUGGUAGCGAUGCGACCCAUCCUGGGUGGGAAGACAUGUGGGAUGUACACGACCAGCUGGGUGCGGCCGGGAAGAAGAAGAAGUUCCCCAAGACGCCCAAUGUGAGAGGAAUCCCCAAUGCGUGCAGGAUCUUUGGUUCGUUGGAUGGGAACAAGGUGCAAGGUGAUUUCCACAUCACGGCCCGAGGACACGGAUAUCUCGAGUUUGGGGAGCAUUUGGAACACAAAGCGUUCAACUUCUCCCACAUUAUCAACGAGCUGUCCUUUGGCCCUUACUACCCUUCGCUGGAAAAUCCACUGGACAAAACCAGAGCCACGACCGACGAGAACUUCUACAAAUUCCAGUACUACCUCAGCAUCGUGCCCACAAUAUACACCGACGACGCCUCCCUCCUCCCCCUUAUCGAAUCUGUCAAUCGCAAGGGCAAAAGCCACCCCGCCAAAUCGAUCUUCACUGGCUACCACGCCAUCAAGACCAACCAAUACGCCGUGACCAGCCAGAGCCACACGGUGCCCGAGAACUACGUGCCCGGCAUCUUCGUCAAGUUCGACAUUGAGCCGAUCAUGCUCACGGUCGCGGAAGAAUGGGGCGGGUUUUUCCCGCUUCUGAUCCGGUUGGUCAAUGUAAUCUCGGGAGUCAUGGUUGCUGGUGGGUGGUGCUGGCAGAUUUUUGACUGGGGGCUUGAGGUGUGGGGGCGCAAGCAGAGGAACCGUGGAUCCAACAUGGGUGUGCUGGGUAGCUUUGGUGGCAAGGAAAAGAUGGCUUUCGACUAG